AAAAAAAAAAAAAAUCUAAAUUUUACACACUUCCAAGCCACCCAUAAUUUUUGAAUCAGCAAUUUUGUAUUACAAUAAAAUAGUAUAAGAAUUCCAAAACUAUAUUUUAAUAUUUUUUGAAAAUAUCGUAUUGAAAAGUAGUCCUAAAUUUCCGAUCUAUCCUUCAAAUUCUGGUUUUUGUGACCGUAUCUUGUAACAAAGUUGUUGCCCGUCCAUACGGCUGUAGGUUAUUUUUUUUUCAUAAGCUCACAACUGGCUGGCAGUAUUUCAGUUCGUACAAAUUGUCGCCAUGAAUGCUUUGAAAGACACCGCGACCGUAAACGAAGACGAUGCCAAUUUACUUGUUCUGAUCAUCGAUACAAAUCCAUUGAUUUGGACGAAAUCAGCAAAAUCACUAUCAUUAAAAGAAGCUUUGCGGCAUCUUCUAGUAUUCAUCAACGCUCAUUUGGCAUUAAAGCAUGACAACGAAGUAGCUGUCAUUGCAAGUCAUAUUGGUGUCAGCAAGUUUUUAUACCCAAUACCUAAUCCUUCUAGACUUUCCGAAAAUACAGAUCAGGCAGUGGAUUCUAAUUUGUAUCAAAGGUUCAAGGUUGUAAAUGACCAAGUGAUAAGUAAUAUGAAAGAUUUGUUUGAGGAUGUAUCAACACUGAAUUCGUAUCCUGAUAAAGCAAGUUCGAUGAUCGCAGGAGCUUUAUCUAUGGCCCUUUGUUAUACUAAUCGAAUUAUGAGAGCUGAUGAGAUUGGUCAUAUAAAACCUCGAAUUUUAAUUAUAUCCAUUUCACCAGAUUCGCCUUAUCAAUACAUAUCCAUAAUGAAUUGCAUUUUCUCGGCACAAAAAUUAGGAAUACCGAUUGAUGUUUGCAAAGUUCAUAGCGAAGAAACAGUCUUCCUAAAACAAGCAGCUCAUUUAACUGGUGGUAGAUAUCUUAAACUACAAAUUCCACAAGGGUUCUUGCAAUUUUUGAUGAUCACCUUUCUUCCUGAUCGAUUUACGAGAAAUUACCAAUGUUUACCUGGGGAAGAAAAAGUUGAUUUUAGUGCUUCAUGUUUUUGUCAUAAAAAAAUGAUAGAUAUUGGUUUUUUGUCAUCCAUUAGAACAGUGUUCAACUUGCAGAUCUAGUCUUAUGUUAGCGUCUGUCAAUGAAUGCGGAUUGAAGCUGUUAAAUGGAAUUAAGAAGCAAGCUAAAGGUCGUGAAAGUGGGGGAAGUACUUAAAUACUAUCGGUAAUUUAGGAAUUGCAAAAAGAAAAAAAAAAUAAAUAAAAUUCUCUCUUUUUCUUUUUCUUAAUUGUCUUUUCCUUCAUUAUUGAAAUUAUCACGUAGUUCUUCAGAUAACUUAUUAAUAUUUAUAGAAUUAUUAAUAGUUUGACUUUCAACUUAAAGGUUAUAAGAAUUCUAUCAUUCGAUUAUUAAAAUUAAUGUAAUUAUUAUAUGCGGUUCUUCCCUCAAUGGAACGUAUUGAAAUAACAUGAAGGCUCUAAGAGAAUGUUAAUAUAAUUUCCUUUUAUACUGUGGAAUAUAUUAAUACAAAUUGCAAGAACUCAUAAUAGUAAAUUAGUAAUUAAUAUUUAUUGAAAUGGUAGUGCAAAAUUU